AUGAACGCUCAAAGCCUUCCGACCUCAAUCCGCGCCCUCCUGCAAGCCUCUCCCACAUCACGCACGGUAACGCUGGUGCAGCGCCCGGUACCGUCCCCGGAUCCCUCGAAGGAUGAACACCUGAUCCGCGUGCACGCCGCAUGCCCCUGCGCUGGCGAACUCAACUGGCCCACAAUGGUCGCCAUUGACAAAGAGAUUAUCACCUGCAAUGACGUCGCGGGAGUUGUCGUUUCUGCCCCACCCAGCUCCCCCUUCCAGCCAGGCACCGAAGUCUACGCGCGCACAAGCUACUGGCGUCCUGGUGAUGCGCGAGACUACACGAUCGCAACGACGGAGGAGCUUGCGCAUCGGGCGAAAAAUCUCUCGUGGGUGGAGAGUGCGGCGGUGCCGCUUUCGGCUGAGACGGCGUGGCAGGCGUUCUUUACGCAUUCGGGAAUCGGGAAAUUCGGGAGUGAGGAGUGGAAAGGGAAGAGGAUCCUUGUUACCGCUGCGGCGGGGGGUGUCGGGGUCUGGCUGGUGCAGAUCGGGGCGUUACUGGGCGCGAGAGUUGUUGGGACUUGUGGACCGAGGAACAGCGAGUUUGUGAGGGGCUUGGGGGCGACUGAAAUUCUGGACUAUCACAGGACUGAUUUCAAGGCCUGGGGACUGCAACCGGAGAAUAAAGUCGAUUUGGUAGUUGACUGCGUGGGUGGGAAGGCGCUUGAAGAUGCCUGGUGGACGCUAAAGGACAACGGCACGAUUAUUGGGAUUGUGCAGCCGCCGGAGCAGAAACGGCCAGAGGAUUUAGAAGUAACUGGUGUGACUGACAAGUUCUUCAUUAUGUCGCCUAGUGGAAAGGACUUGGAGCAGGUCACGAAAUUUGUGGAGGAGGGCAAAUGUUGGCCUGUCGUGGACAGUGUUUGGUCUCUAGAGCAGUUUGAGCCUGGGUAUGAACGAUUGGAGAGCGGGCAUGCGAGGGGAAAAGUUGUGUUUGAUCUAAUGUUGAAUGUGCGGAAAUGA